AAUUGAAUUAGAUUCUUUUUUAAUUAAACACACAUAUUUCUAAAAUGGCUAUCACUAUUGGUAUUAACGGUUUCGGUCGUAUCGGUCGUCUCGUCUUGAGAAUUGCCUUGAGCAGACCAGACAUUAAGGUUGUUGCUAUCAACGAUCCUUUCAUUGCCCCAGACUACGCUUCUUACAUGUUCAAGUACGAUUCUACCCACGGUAAGUACAAGGGUGAAGUCUCCUCCGAAGGUGACAACUUGGUCAUUGACGGUCAAUCCAUCAAGGUUUUCGGUGAACGUGACCCAUCUGCCAUCCCAUGGGGUAAGGCUGGUGUCGAUUACGUUAUCGAAUCCACCGGUGUUUUCACCACUUUGGAAGGUGCCCAAAAGCACAUUGACGGUGGUGCCAAGAAGGUUAUCAUUACCGCUCCAUCCUCUGACGCCCCAAUGUUCGUUGUUGGUGUCAACCACGAAAAGUACACCCCAGACCUCAACAUUGUCUCCAACGCUUCUUGUACCACUAACUGUUUGGCCCCAUUGGCCAAGGUUAUCAACGAUGCCUUCGGUAUUGAAGAAGGUUUGAUGACCACUGUCCACUCCAUCACUGCUACCCAAAAGACCGUUGACGGUCCAUCCCACAAGGACUGGAGAGGUGGUAGAACCGCUUCCGGUAACAUCAUUCCAUCUUCCACCGGUGCCGCUAAGGCCGUCGGUAAGGUUAUCCCAGAAUUGAACGGUAAGUUGACUGGUAUGUCCUUGAGAGUCCCAACCGUCGAUGUCUCUGUUGUUGACUUGACUGUUAGAUUGCAAAAGCCAACCACCUACGCUGAAAUCACCGAAGCUAUCAAGAAGGCUGCUAACGGUCCAUUGAAGGGAGUUUUAGGUUACACCUCUGACGCUGUUGUCUCCACCGAUUUCUUGCAAGACUCCCACUCUUCUAUCUUUGACGAAAAGGCCGGUAUCUUGUUGUCCCCAACUUUCGUCAAGUUGAUCUCUUGGUACGAUAACGAAUACGGUUACUCCACCAGAGUCGUUGACUUGUUGGAACACGUUGCUUCUGCUUCUAAAUAACUAGCCGACGCUCGCGGUUCAGAACCAAAGUUGUAAAUGAAUAAUAUGUGCUAGUCACAUUUAUUAUACCGACUUUGAAGAGGGUUGCGAUAGGCUUCUGUGAGAUUUUCUCUCUCCCUUUGAUUAGGAUAAGUAUAUUCAUGUGAAUGUAUGAUAAAAAAAGUAUAA